UUUCCCGGCCGGUGCCGCAGCCGCUUCCGGGCUCCCAUCAUGGGGUAGUGAGACGCGGGCGAGGAGCGAUCCUGAUACCCCUUCCCGCUCGCCCGGCCUCGGCCGCCUCCCCGAAUCUCUGCGAAGCGGCAUCAGCCUCCCCGGGGAGCGGCCGGGGGAGGCGCCGCGUUCAUGUUCCGGGUCGCUGAGCCCAACCCGACCCGAGCUCAGGCGGCGAGAAAGAGCUGGCAUUUCAGUAGGACUAUGGAGGAACUAGUUCAUGAUCUGGUCUCAGCACUGGAAGAAAGUUCAGAGCAAGCCAGGGGAGGUUUUGCUGAUACCGGAGAUCAUUCUCGUAGCGUGUCUUGUCUUCUAAAACGCCAGGCAAGAAAAAGGAGAGGACGUAAAAGACGUUCAUUUACCACCCAUCAUCCUUGGGAGACUAGCCACUGUUUAAGUGAAGGUUCUGAUUCCAGCCUAGAAGAACCAAGCAAGGAUUACAGAGAAACUACUACUAAGAAAGACCACAGUGACUCUGAUGAUCAGUUGUUGGUUGCUAAACGCAGGCCUUCUUCAAAUUUAAAUAACAUUAGAGGCAAAAGGCCUUUGUGGCAUGAGAAUGAUUUGGCUGUUGAUAAUUUAGGAAACAGAACCCUGCGUAGGAGAAGAAAGGUGAAACGCAUGGCAGUAGACCCACCAUCAGAAGUCACAAAUACAUUAGCUUUGACCCAACAACAGGAAAACAGCAGAGAUCAAGAAAUGGAUAAUGAUAACAGAUCUUACCAACAUCAAGAAUUUGCCAAGAGUAAAGUGAAAAAAAGAAAACUAGCUACAACUAGACAAGGACCAGAAAUUUUGGAUGAAGGAGUGGUUAUAGAAGGUGAAGAAGCAAACCAGGUUAAUAAGGACAAAAUGGAGUAUGAGGAACAGAAGGGUUCAGAUGAGAAUAUGAGUGACAGUGAAUCCAGCAGCCUGAGCAGCAGUGAUGCUGGUUUGUUUACCAAUGAUGAGGGAAGACAAGGUGACGAUGAGCAGAGUGACUGGUUUCAUGAAAAUGAAUCUGGCGGUGCAUGUGGAAUCACUGGAGUCGGCCACUGGUGGGAACAGGAGGACUCAACGGAAUUGGAGAAAGAAUUGCCGGAUCCAGUCUUUGAAAGUAUCUUAACUGGUGCUUUCCCUCUUAUGUCCCAUUCAGGGAGGAGAGGUUUCCAGAGUAGAUUUAGUCAUCUUCAUGGAAUGCCAGCAAGAAACAUGAAAAAGGUUUCAGGAAACCCAGCUGCAUUGAUUAGCACUCCAGGCCCAGGCAACAAGAAAACGGUUCACUUGUCCCAAGAUUCUCAUCACAGUGACCACUGGUUUAGCCCUGGGGCUAGGAAGGAACAUAGUCAGCUUCAGCUCCUGAGGGAUAACCGAUCUGAGAGAGGACACAAGAAAAAUAUUUCAGUAAAAACAGCUAGCAGACAAACCAGUGUACAUUUAGGAUCAUUGUGCAUGGGAGACAUCAAACGGCGAAGAAAAGCUGCACCCCUGCCAGGACCCACAGGGUUUGUAGGUGAAAAUGCCCAACCAAUCCCAGAAAACAACAUUGGAAACAGAAUGCUUCAAAGCAUGGGCUGGACACCUGGCACUGGCCUGGGACCAGAAGGCAAAGGGAUAUCAGAACCAGUAAGAGCCAUUCAGAGACCAAAGGGACUUGGACUUGGAUUUAGCUGACAGAGAAGUACUCCAAUUGCUAUAUAGAAAGCAGGAAGACCAACCUUAAUUUAAAGAAACGGAUGGGGGAGCUAAAAUCUUAUAAUGUUUUUUGUCAUCAGCAAAUCCAUUUGUUCACUUAUGGAGUUCUGAAGCCUAAAUGCUUCUUGUUUUUCCAGCUGCAAGGUACAGCCACAGUGGCAAAAUAGGUGUUUGAAUCCUCGUUCUGUAAGGGUGCUAAAUGUAAAAACAAGUGUACUUUUUAUUUCCCGUGAUCUUAAAACAAAAUUUGUUAGAUAUAUGAUUCAAACUGCAAUGCAUUUGUUUUUCCUGAAAAGCUGCUCUCACAGCAGAUUUUAGCACUUGGGCAAACAUUUUUUGGCACCAUUUUCUCAUUUGUGGUGUUCUGAGAGGAUUUGUUAUCAAGGAAAAUGAAACCCUACGAAGCUGCUACAUUUGUUCAUUUUUCUUCUCAUUUCAGGCACAAAAAAAAAUCAAACUAGAUAUUUCUAGAAGUAGGCUGUAUGUAAGAUUAGAUUAACAUGAUCUCUGCUUUUCCAUGGUGUGACAUACAUUAGGUGCCCCAAAUGGUGACAUGGUAUGUAGUUUGUUUGGCAUAAGGAGAGCAUAACUGAUGGCAACUGUCAGCACAGGAAAGUAACACCAUUACCUUGUAAAGCAUCAUGCUAACCUGUGUAUAAGCCCUAAUUCUAACACUUUUUAUAAUUGUAUUACAUCCUGUAAGAUAUUUUAAGUAAAUCUUUUAAAACUUUGAGUGUUCACCCUGAGCUUGGAAUUCUAGGGGUUUUUUAAUAUAUAUAUUAUUAGUGAUCUCUUGACUCUCCCCCUUCUCAAAAAUUGAUGUUUUAAAUGUGACUCUUGUAUUGUUUCUUAUACUUAGGGUUUUGGUAUAUUUUGAGUUGAGGGUGGGAUUCAUUGGGGGAUGACUAACAUUCAGUGUUUCUGUGAUCGUUGUGUUGUCACAAACUGCCACAAACUUCAAAGCAUCAUACAAGAAGCAGAAAAAAAGACAGUGAAGCAGGUUUGAAGGGAGGGAAAUACUUUGGCUGCAUCUCUCAAAUCUUGAGUGAGCAAUAUAAAGUCAAGAGGGGUCAUUAAGCAUUUUAAUCAGUAUCUAGAAUCAGCACUAGUAAUUUCAUCAAACACCAACCAAUCAAGCUGCCAGGGAACUAUUAGGCUGGUGAUGUAAUUGAAGAGGAGCCAUCAUUCAAAUGGACUAAGGGUGAAAACUUGGCCCAUUGAAGUCAGUGGCAAUAUUUCCACUGACCGCAGUGGGGCCACAAUUUUAUUCUAAAUUUAUCAUCAAGAAGAGGGUUCUGUUCUUUCACAACCUCACCCAUUUCUAGCAAACACAAUAGCUGGAAAUGUAGCUACAAUAGAAAGCAACAAAUUAAUUGAAAAACAUUGUUUUCACUUUCCCAGUGCUAGUAGUAUCUGCUUUUUUUUUUUUUCUUAAAGUCCGCUUACUAUUGACCUAGUGUGGUCACUUAUUAGUGUCUGAUGUUGUCCUUGACUCUGAUCAGGUUCACUGCAUUGGAGUAGAACUCUUUCUUUCUGGUUUUUAAAAGCCUUUUCUGAAUGUGAUUUUUUUUUUGAGGGGGAGGGGUAAAAAGCCAACAAUUUUUUUACUUCUUUAGUAUUUAAUCAGCAAGAACAUUUGGAACUUUCUAGGCCAUGCACUGUGUGUUUUUUUCAUUUCAGACUUGUGCUGUACAGCCAAGCAUAUUGAAAGAGCUAUACAGAUUUCAUGGCCAAAGAUUUUGUGGCCAUGUAAUUGUGAACAGCCAAGGAUUUUGAAUACUGCAGUUAAGAAUAGAUUCCAGAUGUAUAAUUGCCAUUUAAUAUACACACAUGGCAGUUUUGUAUGUGUGCAAAUAAAUAUCUACAUUUUAACUCACGUGAAAUUCGUCUACACACUUGAUAUUGCAAAGGAGUAUGAAGUGCUGUUAAUUUUCAAAGAUGUGUUUGGAAGCAUUAUAUGGGGCAGUCAAUCACUUCUUGAAAUUGUAGGUUACUCGUGAAUUAAUAUGAAGACACAUAGCAAUGUUCAGUAAAAGCAGUAGGCUCCUAUUAUUAUGGCUGUAGAAGUGAAAGUUUAAAGAACUUCCACCCCCUAUUAUAACUGCAUCAUGACUUACUACAAAUUAUGUGUAUUGUUUGGUAAUUGUUAUUUGUUCCACAGUUGCAUUGUUUUGAGUAUUUCCAGGCAAUAUACAUUAGCUGCAGAAAUUCAUGAAUUAUCGGUCUGCAGCUUCAAGAAUAUUUGAAAAUGUUUGCUGUUUUAGUGGAGAAUUUAAAAAUAAAAAACUGCAUGAAUAAAUUUUAGAAUAAAAGCUUGCUCGUUACCUCUCUGUUCCCCAUUUCCCCCACAUUCAUGGGUGCAAUCAACAUGGUCAAUUCUCUUAGUGGAGGAAUUAGUUUCAUGAACAUGUGAAGCAUCAGCGCUAGAGUAUGAAAAUGUUACUUGCUAGUUUGAAAUUAGUCUGUUUGAGAUUAUUAGAUAUCAAGGCUAUUCAAACUGAUUUUCUUUAGAGAUAAAUAUGCCUAGUUUGUUUUGCAACUGGAAUAUCCUAUAAAUGCCACAGCAAACUAGGCUCCAGGGUUCAAAGCAGUAGAGGGAAAUGAUUUAUUAAAAUAUCAUGUAGGGGUAUUUUUCUUUAUUAUUGCUAUAUAGUUCUCUCCCUACGUCAUGCCUCCAUUUUCAUUUCUGUUUUACUAGGCCUCUUUACACUGCUGUUAUUCUAACUUUGUGAUUGUGUAGGUUAAAGCUAGUGCUUGUGUGGAUUUUUUUAAAGGUCACUUUUUGGAAACACUUGGCUUUGGGAUUGUGAUAAAACAUAACACUAUAUCAAAAUGUGUUAACAUUUGCCUAUUAGGUUUUACCAUUCUUAGCUUAUAACAAUACCUAGUACAAUGAUGUUUCACAUUAUUAUAAAAUAUAGACACAAGUAUUUUGAUACGUCAUCUGCUAUUAGAUAUGCUGUUGAAAUAAAUGUUCCUUUCACAUAUUCCUAGAUAAUGGACACUCCCAUAUCUGAGAGUUCCCACUAUUCACCUUAUGCUUUCCCUUUAGGUGCUUGAUUAAUUAGUACCCCCAAAAUUUUCUGCCUAUAUUGAAUAGCUUAAAAAAAAAACCCCACACAUUUAGAGUAAUGUACAUUGAGUUUUGAUGGAGAUGCCGAUAUACCUCAACGUUUUGUGAAUUGGGCCAUUGACCUUUACUAAAACAAAUGAGCAACUGCUGGAAGCUUUUUUUAAAAAAUAAAUAUUUGUUGACGUUAUUAAAAAAUAAAUAUUUGUUGACAAUUGAUAACAAGCUCGUAUUGUCCCCGACUUUGUCUUUUCUGUAAUUAAGGUCUAUAAUAGGUCAGAUGAAUUGACAGCAAAUGCUAAACUCUCUGUAUAGAAUACAUUGCUGUAACACAAGCAAGAUGUAACAAAAUAAAACAGACUUCAUUCUUCA